AUUUUUUUUUUAAUCUAACUAUGGCUGAAAUUGUUUCAUGAAAUCUUACAACUACUUUCUAAAACAUUACUUUGCAUCAGAUUUUUAUAAAAUCUAGCUAAAUGUAAAAUCAGAAAUGCACUACACUAGUAUCCCACUUGAAUGUUAGCCUUACGAAUGUUAGUGUUAUUGUGUCUGUGCUUCAUUAGGAAGGUUCAGUUUUAUUUAUACCAAUGAUCACCUCCUGUAGUAGCCUAUAGGACUGCAAGCAGCAGAUAUCUUGUCAUAAUGCUUCAUUCACACACACACACACACACACCAUUCACGCAGCUGAGUCACACACACUCCUCUCAUCAUUCAUUCAAGAAUACGAGUUCCUACACUUAUACAAAUAUAUAAAAACAAAACUGUUCACUGAAACGGCUCAGGAGCAUCACAUCCCUGUUACCGACAGCUCCGAUUUGUCCGAUCAAACCCGGAAGGUCAGAAUCUAUAAACUAAACUGAAAGCUAUAUACCGGAAGUUCUGCUAUAUCGUUAAGACACGAGACUGUAAAGACUUUGAGAUGACUUCUGAGCUGUCAAAACUGAGAAGAAUUGUUCAAUCAGCAUGGAAGCCAGUUUGCCCAGAUCUUCCUCUUACUGUUGUUGAGGAAAUUCUUCUAAACCUACCUGGCAAGCAAGUGAUUUGUGUGUGCCGCCUGGUGUGUAAUGCGUGGAAGUCGGUGGUGGACAGCACUGCGUUUUGGAGAGAGCGAUGCCGUAGGGAAGGACUCAAGCCUCCCAUUACCUACAAAGUCCCAAAAGAUUGGCAGACCUUCUAUGUUCUAUGUAACAAGCGCCGGAAUCUGUUGAAGAACCCCAAUGCAAAUGAGAGUUUCACUGGCUGGAAAAUCUUAGAAAAUGGAGGUGAUCGAUGGAUUGUAGACAAUGUGUUCGCAGCUCAUCCAGAUGACACUGUAACAAAAUGCUUUGUUACCUCUUAUGGGCGAUGCAUAAAGAGCCAGCUGAUCAACCUUGAGAAAGAAGGUUACAGUCCUGUAUUUAUGGAUCAAAUACAGCCCAACAUCGUCAUAUCAGACUGGUAUGCUCCACGGUGGGACUGUGGCAGUGUAUAUGAAAUUCGUGUUGAGUUACUCAAUCACAGGAAGAAGACAAUCCAGUUCUUUCAGCCUGAGCCAGUGACAUUUUUACAAUGGAAUGAUCAGCAAUGGAACUGGAUGACUCAUACCUUUAAGGACUAUGGACCUGGUGUUCGUUUUAUCCUUUUCAAGCAUGGAGGGAAGGACACGCAGUACUGGGCCGGACACUAUGGAAUACGGGUUACUAACAGUAGUGUGGAAAUCCUCCCAUCAGCUGAAGAAUAGUGCCUAAAAUAGUCAUUAUAGUACACAUAUAGGUAACUGAAGGAAAUAUUUUCAUGUCUUAUGUAAUUAAAAUAUAUAUAUAUAUAUAUAUAUAUAUAUAUAUAUAUAUAUAUAUAUAUAUAUAUAUAUAUAUAUAUUCUAAUUAUACUCUUUUUUUUAAAUGAUACCAAUUGCUGUUAUCUUGUUUAAAGUAUGUGUGAAUACAUAUUAUCUGUAUGAGUUUAUGCUGCUGUAUUAUUUAAUGGCCCAGUACCUUAUGAUUUAGUUUUACUGUUUAGUCUUUGUAUUUGAAAUUUUUGUUUUCAAAUUUGUCUGUGGUGAAAUUUGCUGGAUGUCAUGGAAAGAAAAUGAGACCGAGAAUAUUGCCAGAGAUGUUUCAGAAAGGUAGUCCUAGAAUAUUGCCUGAGAUGUUACAGAAAGGUAGUCCAAUAAUCUCAUUUACCUGUGAUUUGCUUUGACAUAUGCAUCAUAUUAAAACAUUAAAAUAUCA